AUGAAAACAGACUCAAAACUGCCUAACUUCUCCCAUCUUCUGCCCGCGAAUGGAUCUUGGAGACAAGAUGUGACAGCGUGGCUUCAAGAAGAUGUUCCUGCCUUCGAUUUUGGUGGGUUUGUCGUUGGUUCAGAUCGUAAAACGGGUCACCUUUUCUGCAAGCAGCGUGGCAUAUUGAGUGGGGUCCCUUUUGCGCAAGAGGUUUUUGACCAAUGUGAGCUGCAAGUUGAAUGGUUUUUCCAAGAGGGCCAGCUUUUAGACCCUAGCCAGGCCAACGGGAAGCUUCUCGUUGCGAGAGUCGUUGGAGGGGCCAGAAAUGUUCUGCUAGCCGAGAGAACAGCCUUGAAUUUGCUGAGCAGAUGUUCAGGCAUUGCCACUGCUUCCCAUGAUAUUAUUACGAGUGCAAGAGAGGCGGGAUACACGGGUUUAAUUGCCGGAACACGGAAAACUACACCUGGGUUGCGUAGAUUGGAAAAAUACUCCAUGUUGGUCGGUGGCUGCGACAUGCACAGAUACGACUUGUCAUCCAUGGUCAUGCUGAAAGACAACCAUAUUUGGUCGACCGGGUCCAUUACAGGAGCCGUCAAAGACGCAAGAUCUGUGUGUGGGUUUUCGGUCAAGAUCGAAGUCGAAUGUCAAUCCGAAGAAGAGGCAGACGAAGCUAUCGCCGCAGGGGCUGAUGUUAUAAUGCUGGACAAUUUUUUUGGUCCACAGCUCAAGAGCGCUGCUUUGAGUUUGAAACAAAAAUGGGCCGGCAAGAAACAGUUCUUGUUAGAGUGCAGCGGUGGACUCAGAAUCUCGAAUUUAGCGGAUUACCUUUGCGAUUCCAUUGACAUAUACAGUACCAGCAGUAUACAUCAAGGAGUAUCUGCAAUCGACUUCUCACUAAAGCUCCAGCGCCAUGAGUGA